CUCUCUCUCACUCUCUUUCCAUCUCUCUCCCUCUUUCUCUCUUUCCAUCUCUCUCCAUCUCUCUAUUUCUCUGAUUGCCUGAGCCUGUUCUGGCUGAAAGUCGAUCUCAUAACGACAUAGCGGGUGGAGUUGCUAGCAAGAGGAAGAGAGAGAAAGAGAGAGACAUCGGGGAUAGGGCACUGUGAAGAACGGGAGACACGAAGACUGACUCGGGACGGAGUUUGUUGCGGAGUUUAGAGACUUUAACCAUAGACAAGAUGCCCCCCUCACCAAAUAAAUCACCCAUGAAGCAAGCAGUGUUCUCCCAGGCGUCGUCCCUGCCGUGCCCUUCGCGGUGGAUGGUCUUGCUGCAGAGUCACCUGGGUAACCUAUUGAGGCUGAUGAUGGUCCUCAUGGUGCUUCUUACAGCCACACAGAUCCUGGGAGUCGUCUUCCAGUGCAGGAAUGACAAGCUGAUGGAUGUGCAGUUCAGCAUGAUCCAGAGAGCCCUUCCCUUACACUCAGCACACACACGUCCCAGCACAGAGACGCCAGAGGAGCGAGGAGAGAGGAGAGGAGGGAGGAGAGGUCAGAGGUCACAAGAUGCUGAGCCGAGGCAGGAAGUAAGAAAGCACCAAGAAGAACUCUUCUCAUCUUCAAAUCCUUCCUUGCCGAGAGGACUUGAUGAACUUGUCACCAGAAUCCUAAAGUCCAAGACAAAUACACGCAGAGUCCAGUUACACGCCAUUGUUCAGAGUUUGGAUUUGGCCAAUGAGUUGGGUAGUCCUAACAGCCCUGCCCAGUCACGCCCCCCUAGUCUCCAUAGCAAGAGUCAGGAUUCAUUCCCGGGAUUCCCCCAGAAUAUAGCAGAGGUCAGAACAUGUAGGCCAAAGAAGCACAUCUUCUUCCUGAAGACACACAAAACUGCCAGCAGCACCAUUCUCAACAUUCUGUAUCGGUAUGGCGACAGCCAGAAUCUGACCUUUGCCCUUCCGUAUAACAUGCACAGCCAACUGUUCUACCCUAACCUGUUUGCGUCCUACUUCGUGGAGGGUGAGCAGAGCAGGAGUAAGAAGAAGUUCCACAUCAUGUGUAACCACCUGAGGUUGAAUAUACCAGAGGUGAGGAAGGUUAUGCCUGAAGACUCAUUCUACUUCUCUAUACUGAGGAAUCCUGUCGACAUGAUGGAGUCAGUCUUCAUGUACUACAAAAGCAGCCCAGCGUUUGUCAAGAGUAAAGAUCUUGAUGACUUCCUGGGCAACGGUUCAAGUCAUUUCAACAUGUCUCUACCCGGCAACCACUAUGCACGCAACCUCCUGUCUUACGACUUUGGUUUUGACAACAACAUCGCUGCAGAUGACCCUGGCUUGGUGAAAAUGGCUUCCAAUGUGAUAACUGCAAUUCAGCAUGAUUUCCAACUCAUUCUUAUAUCCGAGUACUUUGAUGAGUCAAUGAUCCUGCUCAAAUACGCCCUCUGCUGGUCGCUGGAUGAUGUGGUCUCCUUCAGACUUAACAGCCGCAAUCAAGGCUCACGCCGCACUCUCUCGUCACUCACUGCUGACAAGAUCCGAACCUGGAACGCCCUCGACUGGCGUGUUUACCUGCACUUUAACGCCACCUUCUGGAGAAGAGUGGACAUUUUGGUGGGUCGGAAGGAGAUGAAGCGAGAGGUGGCUCAGUUGCAGGAGCGACGCGCCCAGCUGACAAGAACCUGCCUCAAAGAGGGUGGGGCAGUUGACCCUUCACAGGUCAAAGAUACCGAGCUGAAGCCAUUCCAAUAUGGCGCAGCCGUUAUCCAAGGUUACAACUUGAACCCGGGUUUGGACGGCCCUGACAGAACUUUCUGCCAGAAGCUCAUCACUCCAGAACUGAUGUACACGAAGGCUCUGUACACCAAGCAGUUCCCAGAGCUAGCGGCCAAGCACGUACAAGCUGCCAGGAUGGCUGCCUCAAAGCAUCAGGCCAGGAUGAACCAAUCAGGUCCAGGAAAGGCAAAGGAAGCCUAGAGGACAGUCUAGGGUGGGGCCUGGAGUGAGGUCAAUAGGAGGACAGUCUAGGGUGGGGCCUGGAGUGAGGUCAAUAGGAGGACAGUCUAGGGUGGGGCCUGGAGUGAGGUCAAUAGGAGGACAGUCUAGGGUGGGGCCUGGAGUGAGGUCAAUAGGAGGACAGUCUAGGGUGGGGCCUGGAGCGAGGUCAAUAGGAGGACAGUCUAGGGUGGGGUCUGGAGC